GUAAUAAUCCAGUGCUCGAGGUUGUAGUAUACAAUUGCAUGCGCUCUACAUUGAUUCAUGUGAAAAUCCGUGCUUGUGCGCGAACGAGACUGAGAGCGGUGAAAGCGCCAAGGCUGCAACACCCACUCCCUCCCUUCAAUCCCUAAUUCCCCCAACUCCGCUGCUUCCACUCUCAUCUCAGCCUCAGGGUAUUACGUGGUACGUGGAGAAUGGGAAUUAAUGGUGCCGAAAAGAUCCCUAACAUUAACAAUGCUGAAAGUUCAGAAACCACAAUUGAGAUAAAGAUUAAAACAUUAGAUUCUCAAACUUACACCCUCAGAGUGGAUAAACAGAUGCCAGUCCCUGCUCUGAAAGAACAGAUUGCUUCUGUAACUGGAGUGCUAUCUGAACGACAACGCUUAAUUUGCCAAGGGAAAGUUCUAAAGGAUGAUCAGCUCCUGUCUGCCUAUCAUGUUGAAGAUGGUCACACCUUGCAUCUGGUUGUGAGGCAACCUGAUUUACCACCACCAGGAAGUGUGCUCAAUCAUUCAGUGUCUGAACCAAAUUCAAGCACAAGCCAUGGUCACAGUACUCAAGUAGCCCCUGGUGUUUUUAUUGAAACUUUCAAUGUGCCUGUGCAGGGUGAUGGAGUUCAUCCUGAAAUCAAUAGGAUAGUUUCUGCUGUUCUAGGAUCCUUUGGACUUCCAAAUUUUGCCAGUGGUGGUGAAGGGAUUGAUGUCAGGGAGCAUGAUUCCCAAGGCUCUGGAAGAACUUCAGGUUCUAGUGGAAUAUUAGUUUCAUCUCAUCCUCAGCCCGAACAAUCUGGUUUGCGGAUUUUGUCUGAUAGAUCGCGUAAUACUUUUGGACCUCCAGCACCAGUAUCUCUAGGGUCUUUGCAGCCUCCUGUCAUUCCUGAUUCUUUGACAACUUUGUCCCAAUACUUAAGUCAUAUAAGCCAUGAAUUUGAUGCAAUUGUCAGAGAAGGGGGGGAUAAUGCCCAAGCAGGCGAGUCUCGAAGGAAUGAAGAAAUUGGAUCUGUUUCUUUACGUUCAGGUUCAACUACAGAAGGGCUUUCAUCACCCACAUCCUUGGCAGAAGUUUUACUUUCUACCAGACGAAUGAUCACUGAACAAGCUGACCAGUGUCUACUUCAACUAUCAAGACAGCUGGAGAAUCAAGCAGAUGUGACUGAUCCCUUGGUGCGGUCAAGCAUUCAGUCAAGGGCUAUGAGAACUGGAGUUUUGUUUUAUAACCUUGGUGCAUUUUUACUUGAGCUUGGUCGCACAACCAUGACCCUGCGUUUGGGUCAAACACCGUCUGAAGCUGUAGUUAAUGGUGGGCCUGCAGUUUUUAUAUCCCCAAAUGGUCCUAACCAUAUCAUGGUUCAGCCCCUUCCUUUUCAACCUGGAGCAAGCUUUGGUGCUGUCCCGGUGGGAGCUGCGCAGUCUAACUCAACUUUAGGUAGUGGACUUGGCUCAAGCUAUUUCCCAAGGCGUAUAGAUAUACAGAUACGGCGAGGUACCUCAACAACCUCAUCCAAUACCAAUCAAGAAGAACGUAAUGAUAUACAAUCAGCUUCAGUACAAAGAAAUCCAGGUGAAAGUUCUGUUAAUCAGGCUAUCUCUAGGCGUCCAGAUUCAUCUAUUGCUGGGGAGUCAGGAGUAAGGUUAGUGCCAAUUAGAACCAUGGUUGCAGCAGUACCAGGCCCCUUAGGGCGCCCACCUUCAGAAUCAUCUGGUAAUUCUAUAGGGCUUUACUAUCCAAUUCUUGGGAGAUUUCAACAUGUAUCUUCUGGCCAUGCAAAUAGUGAACAGGUAGCUCAACAAUCAAGUCAACAGCGUGCUGCGGUACUGUCAACUCCUGAAUCCAUGUUGCAAAGGCAAAACACGGAUGAUUCUGCGAGGAAUGGAUCCUCAUCAACUCCAAGCACGAGACAAGAACCAUCAAAUUCUCGUGUUGUAAAUAUCAAUAUUCUGGCAGCUAGUGGAUCCCAAAACAACCAAGAAUCUGAGAGACAAAUACCAAGCAGUGUACUUCAAUUUUUAAGGACACUCUUUCCUGGUGGAGAAAUUCAUGUGGAAGAUUCAAGUGUACAAGGAACAACUGCAGGUUCUUCCUCAGAUCAUGCUGCAACAUCAAGGGGUGCUGCCGAAGCCCCUGAAGCCCAACCCAAUGCCAGUGAUGAAGGGAUAUUUUUGUCUAAUAUACUCCGUGAGAUCAUGCCAGUUAUAUCUCAACAAGUAGAGUCUGAGGGGAAUCCUUCAGAAGAUCAUAUGGCUCAAGAUUCUUCAACCCAGGUUGAAACUGAUGUGGGGACAUCACGCAGACAGAAUGAUUCUGAUCCAAGCCCCCCAAAUCCAAAACGUCAAAAGAUGGAAUGAUAUAGAGGACCACGUUCAGUUUGCGGUCGUGGAAGAUUGUGAUCAUAAGAAACAGAAUUCGGGUGGAUCUCAAGAAGUCAAUUUGGUAUUAUGUGCUUACCUAGUUUUCUAUAUCAAGCGUGAUUUCAUUUUCUCCUGCUAUAGACAAACCUUUAGAAGGCUGCUCUUCGAACGGACAUCUUGUACACUAUUGGCAUUGGAAUUGAGCUUCCCUUCAGUUCGAUUUAUGCUUGGAAUUGGUAAUAGAGUUCCACAUUAGAAUUGAGAUUAGCUAUCUUAUAAACUUCAUUUGACCUCGGUGAAAUUGAAACAGAACUAAAUCAAUCAGUUCUCAAUUUUUAAGCAGGAGAAUUUUGAUUUCAAGAAAGCAAUAAUUGAGACGCGGGUACAUUAGCCCCGUUGUCAUUACCGGUAUUAUAGUUGCGAUCAUUACUUCUA